UUAUUCAUUAGUAAUGUUGGACUUUUUGGGUAUCAUAUAUUAUCUAAAGCUGCUAAUAAUAUAGGAAGUGAUGAUGCUUUAACUAUCCUAUUUUUUAAUGGAUGUAAUUCCGAACAUGCUCAGUCUAAUCUUGAUGUUUGCGCUACAUCUAUUUUAUCAUGGACAUUAGUUGGCGGGGCGAUAUUCUAUUUAGCUUUUACUUCAAUUUUAGCAAUUUUAUUAUACAAAGAAUGUAAACGCCAAGGAUAUCCUGCUUUAUUUACAGCUUUAUGGAAUUCUCCUUUAUUCCUUGUUUGCUAUUUCUUUAAAGAAAAAGAUCGGAUUGACCUUUUAACAAUUCCGAACAAAUUUGUUGAAUUUAACAAAUGGACUCAAUUACAUUUACAUAGAUUAGGUUUAGCGAUCUAUUCUUUUAUAACUACGGUGAUUAUUCUAUAUUAUCUUAAUACAAACUUGACGGUAGAUCAAGACGAUCUAAAUACAAAAGAACAAUUUAAAGACGGCGAUACGUUAU